AUGUCCACCAAGACCCCUAUCCUCACUGACAAGGCCCCCAAGCCCCUCCCCGGCAUCUACUCCCAGGCCAUCGUCGCCAAUGGCGUUGUCUACUGCUCCGGCGCUGUCGCAAUGGAUGCCACUGGCAAGUUGAUUGAUGGUGAUGUCAAAGCCCACACUCACCAAUGCAUCAAGAACCUGACCCACAUCCUCGAGGAAGCCGGCACCGAUAUCACCAAGGUCGUCAAGGUCAAUGUGUUCUUGUCCAACAUGGAUGAUUUCGCCGAGAUGAACUCUGUUUAUAUGCAAUACUGGGGUGAUGUGAAGCCUUGCCGGACAUGUGUUGCGGUCAAGACGCUCCCUCUCAACACUGACGUCGAGAUUGAGUGCAUUGCUGUGCUGUAA